UGAUGUUGACAGGUUUGACACUUUAAACUUGACAGAUCAAUCUCCAUAAAUUAUGGAUUUGUAUAAAUUUAUUAAUUAAUUAGAUACAUGUCACUUAAUUAGCUGUAGGGUUUUGGUACAAAAUGUACUUAAAUAAGUUGCUGUCUUCUCUAAUCGUACUUAACAUAUUUAAACAUAUUGCAUCCGAUUGUGGUUGCCAAGUAAAUCGUAAUUCAGAAUGUAAUGAUGUAGAGAGCACACACAAAUAUUCAAAGGAAUUUAAUAAGAAAACUUCUGACAAUAAUUUACCUCCUGCCUUCGAUAUUAAAAACAUGGUAAUGAUUGAAGGUGCUACCUUCGAAAUGGGAACAAGCAAACCUAUUUUUGAAGUCGAUCAUGAAGGACCGCUUAGAAACGUUACUGUAGCAGCGUUCUAUUUAGAUAAGUACGAAGUAUCAAAUCAAAAUUUUAAAGAUUUCGUCGAUCGGUCUUCUUAUGUUACCGAGGCGGAGAAGUUCGGCGAUAGUUUUAUGUUGGAUAUGUUUAUACCUAACAAUGAGUUAGAUAAAUAUAAAGAUGUUCGGGCUGUCCAAGCACCUUGGUGGGUGAAAGUCGAUGGUGUCAAUUGGAAACAUCCCGAAGGUCCUAAGUCUUCCGUUGAAGAUAAAUGGAACCAUCCUGUUGCGCACGUCUCUUGGAAUGAUGCUGUCGAGUACUGUAAGUACUUUGGUAAACGACUGCCCACUGAAGCCGAGUGGGAGAUGGCUUGCAGAGGUGGAUUACGGCAAAAGCUGUAUCCGUGGGGAAAUAAAUUGAAUCCCCAAAAUAAACAUUGGACGAAUAUUUGGCAAGGAAGUUUUCCCAAUGAAAAUACAGCCGAAGAUGGUUUUAUUUCGACAGCGCCAGUUGAUCAUUAUCCUCCCAAUAAAUUCAAUUUAUACAACAUGGCGGGAAAUGUUUGGGAGUGGACGCAAGACACCUGGUUAAAGAAUGAUAAUGAGAAGGUGAAAAAGGGUGGUUCAUAUAUGUGCCACGAGAGCUACUGUUGGAGAUAUCGAUGCGCAGCUCGUUCGCAAAAUACCAAAGAUAGCACCGCUGGAAAUUUAGGUUUCCGUUGUGCCGGUGAUGUUCGUAUGUAACGUUAUGUUAGAUAUGACAUGUACUUAAAUUAUGCCUUAAAAUGUCUUCCAUUUUUUUUGUUUAAGUAAGAUUUUUGUUAUGAAUUUAUAUUUAUUAGAUGUUGAAAUACACUUUUGCAUAUUAAA